AUGUAUCUACAACUGUGUCUCACUUCUCCACUCGGCUUCGACGACGCAGUCGCUCUGUUCGGAACGAUUGUUGGAGUACCGCAGACAUCAAUCAUGCUUUAUGCUGUUUUCCAUGGCAUUGGUAAGCGAGAGGAGUUACUCGCGCCUACUCGCGCCGACCUCGGGUUAAAAGGGAUCUAUAUAGCCUGGGUUUUAUAUCCCAUUGUUGUCUGUUCCUCCAAAGUCUCCUUAGCAUUACUCAUAUCACGGCUCACUGUGAAGCACGCUGAGGGAGUUAUCUCGGUCUUUGUGGCAGCGUUCCAAUACCAUUGUCACACCAUGGUUGGUAAUAUUUUAAUUCAACUCCUGAUUCCCGGUCUGAUUAUCAUGAUAAUCUGGGGUCUUCAGGCGCGCAUGUCGGCCAAGAUUACUGUCCUGAUGGCGUUCUCUCUGCAGCUCUUGGUCGUCAUUCCCACCAUCUUCCGGUUGAUACUGUUGAGACGCAUGACCGACAAAGACCUCCGUGGCGAUAGGACUUUCGCCAUUACCAAAGCCGUGAUAGUGUCCGAAGUCACGAUGCACUUUUCGCUAAUGGCCGCUACAUUUCCCUGUCUGCGCAAGUUCCUGCAGGCCUUCGAUAUGAAUCUGGGCGCAACCACAAAUAUGACCACUGACCCUGACAAUAGCAACAAUUCCAACGGGACUUAUGCGCUCAAGCCAUUAGAUCCGCGAGGGGAAAGGGCCAGUGUCGAACAGUGGUCGGGGUGUAGUCGACAUGAUCGAAAAUACCAACCGCACACCAUUACAAGGAUCUCGGCGGGCGAGCCUAAUUCGAUAGCUCCUGCAGAGGGAAAUGGGAAAUUACAAAGGCAACGGAGCGACGACAGCCAGCAUGCGAUGAUAACACGAACGCAGCAUUGGGGGGUGAAAGUGGAAUCGAGAAGUACAUAAGGUAAAUAUGCGCAGGUUGACAGCUAUGGAUGGUUGAAAUUCCUAGAAAUUUGUUUCUUUUUCUGCUACUAUAUCCUUUUUUUCUUUCGUACAACAAGCAUCAGUUGAGGUCGUCCGGCUUCAUAAAGGCUUAAGUUGACAGACUAGACAGUAUAUAUCUUCACUUAUUUCUUUGAAGACUUCUAGCUGCCUUCCUGUGGAUGAAAAAGAUUCUAUGUCUGCUACUGACAUUUCAAUGGCUAAAUGAGGUGAUUGUAGUGGACUUUGCCUCGUUGUGAUGGCCUUUCUGCCAUGCUUCGAGUAGCGCACCCCGAAGCCAUUGCUG